UGUUCAGUUAGUUCAGACUCCAUUUUGAGUCGACAGAGCAGAAGGAGGAAACUGAAGGCUGAGGCAGGACUGACUGAAGGCCAGAAGAUGAGUGUUUGUGUGGAGGAAGAGGAGGACAGAGCAGAGUCUCCAGGAUCGAGUUCGUAUGAAGAUCUUCCUCCAGACUUCAGUAAUGAAUCUGGACCCUCAGACACAAAAGUUGAGUCCAACAGACAGAGAGCAGAGUCUCCAGGAUCCAGCUGUCUGUCUAUGAAGAGUGACCGGUCCAAAGGAAAACCUCCAAACUUCAGUAAUGAACCUGGACCCUCAGACACAAAAGACAGGAAGAGGAGUCCUGUUUCUAUGGAGGAGCAGCCGUCCUGCUGUGCUUUGUGUCAGGACGUCCUGAAGGAUCCGGUCUCUACCAGCUGUGGACACUGGUUCUGCAGACGGUGCAUCACCUCAUACUGGGACCAGUCUGCUUCAUCAGGAGACUCCUCCUGUCCCCAGUGUGGAAAAAGAUCCAGAACAAGACCUGGACUGCAGACAGCCCGUCAGUCCAGCACUGUACAAAAUAGUGGUCUGCAGGAGGUUUUAGAUGAACAUAAGAUCAGUCUGAAGAGGAGAUGUGAACAUGUGACUGAAGGAAGUGAUGAAACAGGAAGUGGAACCCUCCUCAACAGGAUCUACACUGAGCUCUACAUCACAGAGGGACAGAGUGAAGAGGUUAAUACCCAACAUGAGGUGAGGCAGCUUGAGACAGCUUCCAAGAUGGAGCCCCUCCAUGACACUCCAAUCAAGUGCCACGACAUCUUUAAAGCCUUGCCCGGCCAACAGGGACACAUCAGAGUCGUUCUGACGAACGGCGUCGCUGGCGUUGGAAAAACCUUCUCGGUGCAGAAGUUCACUCUGGACUGGGCAGAGGGCUUGGAAAACCAAGACGUCAGUCUGCUGAUUCUGCUUUCGUUCAGGGAGCUGAACUUGAUCAGAGAUGCGCGGUACAGUCUUCUCGAGCUGCUCCAUGUUUUCCACCCAACAUUACAGAAGGUCACAGCAGAGAAGCUCGCUGUCUGUAAACUUCUGUUCAUCUUUGACGGCCUGGAUGAAAGCAGACUUUCACUGGAUUUCCACAACAAUGAGGUCGUGUCUGAUGUCACACAGGAGUCAUCAGUCAACGUGCUGCUGACAAACCUCAUCGAGGGGAAUCUGCUUCCCUCGGCUCUCGUCUGGAUCACUUCCCGACCUGCAGCAGCCAAUCAGAUCCCUCCUUCAUGUGUUGGCAGGGUAACAGAAGUACGAGGCUUCACUGACGCCCAGAAGGAGGAGUACUUCAGGAGGAGAGUCAGUGAUGAAGAGCUGUCCAGCAGAAUCAUCUCACAUAUCAAGACAUCCAGGAGCCUCCACAUCAUGUGUCUGAUCCCAGUCUUCUGCUGGAUCACUGCUACAGUUCUGGAGCACAUGUUGACUACAGACCAGAGAGGAGAGCUGCCCAAGACCCUGACUGACCUGUACUCACACUUCCUGCUGGUUCAGACAAAGAGGAAGAAGCAGAAGUAUGAUGACGGACAUGAGACGAGUCCGCAGGAGCUGAUGGAGGCUGACAGGAAGGUUCUUCUGAAGCUGGGGAGGCUGGCGUUUGAACAUCUGGAGAAAGGAAACAUCAUGUUCUACCAAGAAGACCUGGAGCAGUGUGGUCUGGAUGUCUCAGAGGCCUCGGUGUACUCAGGAGUUUGUACAGAGAUCUUCAGAAGAGAGAGUGUGAUCUUCCAGAAAACAGUCUACUGCUUUGUUCAUCUGAGUGUUCAGGAGUUUCUGGCUGCCGUCUACAUGUUCCACUGUUACACCGACAGGAACACAGAGGUACUGGAGGACUUCCUGGGAACAUACUGGCAAUACAGGGGCUCACCCCUGGAUGUCUUCCUGAGGAGAGUCAUGCAGAAAUCCCUUGAAAGUAAAAAUGGCCACCUGGACCUGUUUGUCCGCUUCCUUCAUGGCCUCUCUCUGGAGUCCAACCAGAGACUCUUAGGAGGCCUGCUGGGUCGGACAGACAACAGUCCAGAAAUCAUCCAGAGGGCCAUCAACAACCUGAAGGAGAAGAACAGUGGUAAGAUCUCUCCUGACAGAAGCAUCAACAUCUUCCACUGUCUGAUGGAGAUGAACGACCACUCAGUCCAUCAGGAGAUCCAAGAGUUCCUGAAGUCAGAGAACAGAUCAGAGAAGGAACUCUCUGAGAUCCACUGCUCAGCUCUGGCCUACAUGCUGCAGAUGUCAGAGGAGGUUCUGGAUGAGUUGGACCUGAAGAAGUACAAGACAUCAGUGGAGGGACGACAGAGACUGAUUCCAGCUGUGAGGAACUGCAGAAAGGCUGUACUUUCUGACUGUGGACUCUCAGAGACUCACUGUGAAGUUGUGGCCUCAGCUCUGAAGUCCAACCCCUCCCAUCUGAGAGAGCUGGACCUGAGUCACAACAAGCUGCAGGAUUCAGGAGCGAAGCUGCUGUCUGCUGGACUGGAGAGUCCAAACUGUAGACUGGAGACUCUGAGAUUGAGGGACUGCAGUUUGUCAGAGAUCAGCUGUGCUUCUCUGGCCUCAGCUCUGAAGUCCAACCCCUCCCAUCUGAGAGAGCUGGAGCUGAGUGACAACGAGCUGCAGGAUUCAGGAGCGAAGCUGCUGUCUGCUGGACUGGAGAGUCCACACUGCAGACUCGAGACUCUGAGAUUGAGUGGCUGCAGAUUGUCAGAGAUCAGCUGUGCUUCUCUGGCCUCAGCUCUGAAGUCCAACCCCUCCCAUCUGAGAAAGCUGGAGCUGAGCUACAACAACCUGCAGGAUUCAGGAGUGAAGCUGCUGUCUGCUGGACUGGAGAGUCCACACUGCAGACUGGAGACUCUGAGAUUGAGGGACUGCAGUUUGUCAGAGACCAGCUGUGCUUCUCUGGCCUCAGCUCUGAAGUCCAACCCCUCCCAUCUGAGAGAGCUGGACCUGAGACUCAACAAGUUGCAGGAUUCAGGAGUGAAGCUGCUGUCUGAUCUUGUAGAGAGUCCACACUGCAGACUGGAGACUCUGAGAUGGAAGUGAUCAGAAAGGCGGUUGUGUUGAGAGGACCAGCUGUGUCCUGAUGAUCCAGAGGUUGAAGCAGCAGCUGGUGUGUGGAGAGGCUCUGACUGGGCCAUGUUACUGGGAGGUGGAGUGGAGGAGAGCUUCACCCAGCAGUGACUGACGGAGGAAUCACAACAAGUGGAGAUGAGUGUCGGUGCUGCAGUCUGAACUGCUCUGAGAUCAGCUCCACUGUCAGACACAAAGGCAAGUCCACCAUCGUCCCUGUGUGUUCCUCUGGAUGUGGCAGAGUAUCGUCAGUGUAUCUGGACUCUCUGCUGCUGCUCUGUCCUUCUACACCGUCUCUGCAGACACACUGAGACUCCUCCACUCCUUCUGCUCCACCUCCUCCACCUGGACCUGGACCUGGACCUGAGUCUGGCUUUAUUUUUUUCUUUCUGUUAGAUUCAUUCAGAUAUGCUGAACCCAAAGUGCCUCUGCAGAUUCCUUCUGUUUAAAACAGCAUAACUUUACAUUUACAGUCAUUUAAAUUGCAAACAGGCUGUUUAAAUGACUGUGAACUAGGGUAAAGUCUGUGGUUAUUACUGUAUUUGUGUCGCACUGCAAUGAUGGAGACCUGCUGUUGAUUUUCACAUUAUGAUGUUUCUUGGAGGUUGAUGAAUGCAGAAGUCUGCAACGAAGUUUAAGUAUCUUUCUCAUCAGUGUGAGAUUAUAUUUCUGUAUACUUGUCUGUUUAUGUUCUUAUUCCAUAUGAAUCUAUCAUUUUAUUCUGUAACAGAUUGCAUUAUUUGCAGUAACAACACUAAAGAAAGUAUUAGAAAGGGGAAAACCUUAACAUCACUUUCUCUAAAUGCCACAUGUUUAAAAUAAAUGAGAUGGGGCCGAAACAAAUGUUGGCCUAAAAUGUCCGAGCCCCCACCUGCAUGAAAUUGUAAGUGAAAUGUUUUAUUUGUUCUGUAAUGAACAAAAAUGAUUAAAAACAGUGUUAUCAGUCCACAUGUUGAUUGAUGCAAUCA